CUCGUUAAGGGGGUCGUUACUUUCGGGAAGCAUACAACGUUAUAUUAAAGUUCGUGCAGCUGAGUCUUUUUUUUCCAAAUAAAAGACGGAAAUUCGUGAAAAAACAGCCCUUACAACAUAAGAUGAAAUUCUUCGUUCCAGUUUAAGUUUACCUUUGUUGCUGUCACAUGGGGCUCUUUAUGUGUAGGUCGUGUGGUUGAUCGGCUGGAAAGCUAGUACGAUUCUACUUCAAGACCCUUAAUCUGCUAUCUCAGUGCGCUGGUCGAGUUUUCAAUUUUUAAAGGAAACGUUCGCCUUUAAAUACGCGCGGCUGUUGAAAAUGGCACAGAGUUUUCAAUUCUAAAUUUCCUGUAAGUACGUUCCUGUUUCAUGAAAAUUCUACCGGUUUUGUUUUAAAAAAGCGCAAUAUGAACGCGCAACAUGAACGGAUAAAGCACGAAGUGACAUUUCACAACGUUUCGUGGCAUAAGCGAUACCUUCCCUUUUUCUAGAGUGCCGUUAUUAUAAUUAGCAACUAUAGUACCAUACGCAACUUUCCCUUGACUAUUGGUAAGACAAAGAAAUAUCCUUUUGAAUCUUGUUCUCGCUAUUUUAGUGGGGGUUGGAGUGGGCUUGCCACUUUGGGGGUGAGGGAGGGGGGGAGUUCAACGGCUACUUUCGGAAUUUACCAGCGGGCACAAUAUUUUGACGUUACUUUCGGGUAGUCGUUACUUUAUCCUCUUAGUUAAUCUUUGGGUUUACUAUCUGGGCCCUGGGUACGAGAAACCAGUCCCCUCUCGACAAAAAUGAAAAUGGCGUCUUUUUUUCAGGCUUAGUUCUUAAUAGCGUGCGGCUUAUCCUGUUCAAAUGAGUAAAGUAAAAAUUGUUAUCGUUCCUGGUAAUGGUGGAGGUGAUGUCGAACACAGCAACUGGUAUGGCUGGCUAAGAGACAAACUCAGAGAGAAAGACGUGGACUGUCUGCUGAAGAAUAUGCCUGAUCCAGUGCAGGCACGUGAAGCAAUAUGGAUCCCGUUCAUGGAGCAACACCUUAACUGUGACAGUAAUACAGUCAUUAUUGGACACAGCUCUGGGGCACAAGCUGCCUUGAGGUAUGCAGAAAAUCAUUCUGUUCAUGGUCUGGUUCUGGUAUCUGCCUGUGUUACAGAUCUGGGAGAUGCCAAUGAGAAAGCUAGUGGCUAUUACAACCGUCCCUGGCAAUGGGAACAAGUCAAACAAAACACACAGUGGAUUAUGCAGUUUGGUUCAACAGAUGACCCUUUUAUUCCAUUCAGUGAGCAGGAACAAGUUGCUGAAGGGACAGCUGCUGAGUUUCACCAAUUUGCUGAAAAAGGACACUUUAUGUCAAUGGCUUUUCCUGAACUCGUCAACAAACUGAUGAGCAAGUUACAGCAAAGCUGAAGUUAAUGUUUGUUUACUUGUAACAAUAAAUAUUAUAGUAAUCUUACACAGAAAUGAAUAUUAAUAUUGUGCAAUUAUGUCAGCGUAAUAAUGAUUAUUGUUCCGUUGAACAAAAGCUCAAAGACGCCAACAUGGAGGAAGAACCAUAUUUAAUUUAAUAAUAGAAUGUGAUGUACACUAUACAAAAAAAACCUAUGCUCGUAUUUGGCCUUUCAAGUGUUCAAAACAAACAGGAAAUUAAUGUAAAUAUAAGUUAUAAACCAACUGAAAACUUACUUUUUGACUGCCUCCGUAAUUGAUGUACUUUGAAGCAAACUUUCAGGUAAAAUCCUCAGCAAAUAACUGGUUAGCAAACACGACUGAAAUCUGGUUAGCUUGGUUGUUUUUACAACUGGUAAUUUUAGCUAUAUUACACAACUCUAAAUUUUACGCAUUACGCAAUUGACAAGCAUUGCAAUAUAUAAAUUCAAAUGGAGCAUGCGUAACAUUGAACAUAAACGUGUUAAACUUGACAAAUAAGAUAUGCAGAAUGUUCAGCGAAACAAACAUACAAACACAGAUUACCCAAAUAAACAUACACUGAAUGUAUGUGUAGUCUCCAGAAGCUUUUAAUA